AUGUAAACAAAAAAUGUCAGGCAAACGCCGACGUGUUUAGCAAUUUUAAUCGGCAGUGGUGGGGUUCGAGCGUUAACAUGCAUCGGGCAGUAUACGCUUUCUAAUCGCCGCGUUCGGUCGUGCAAACAAAAUGUCUUACGAAAAACUUUACGAGCGGCUUUCCGCUCACGGCCAAGACCAUCUCCUGAAGUACUGGCCGGAAUUGAGUGAAAAAGAGCGGGAACAACUAACAUCCGAAAUAGACAAUUUGGAUUUGGCGGAAGUGAAUCAGAUUUUCGAACGCGCUGUGGAAUCUUCGAAAAUUAUUUUGGAGAAGUUGGAUGACGAUUUGAAGCCCAUUCCACAGACGCAUUAUGAGGCCGUACCUUCUCUUACUAGAGAGAAGAUUGAAGAGUACGAAAACAUUGGUUUCAAAGAGAUUUCUGAGGAAGUCGGUGUUUUGCUGCUCGCUGGAGGACAAGCGACGAGGCUCGGCUUCGGGCACCCUAAAGGUAUGUUCAAUGUCGGCUUACCAUCGAAAAAAACCUUGUUCCAAAUUCAAGCUGAAAGAAUUUUGAGAGUGCAGCAAAUGGCCGCAGAGAAAUAUGGCAAAGAAGGCCGAAUUACUUGGUACAUCAUGACCUCACAACACACUAAAGGACCUACUGCAGAUUACUUCAAAUCUCAUUCCUACUUUGGACUCAACGAGGAUGAUAUAGUAUUCUUUGUCCAAGGAACAUUACCAUGCUUUGAUUUUGACGGUAAAAUAUUUUUGGAUGAAAAACACCAUUUAUCAUCAGCCCCUGAUGGCAACGGAGGGCUUUACAGGGCCUUAAAAGUCCAAGGAAUCCUUGAUGAUAUCGCCAAGAGAGGAGUGGAACACUUACACGCACAUUCUGUAGACAAUAUCUUAAUAAAAGUUGCGGAUCCAGUGUUCAUUGGCUAUUGUAAAACUAACGCAGACUGCGCUGCAAAAGUAGUACAAAAAUCUUCUCCUAGCGAGCCUGUGGGGGUCGUCUGCAGAGUGAACGGACACUACAAGGUUGUGGAGUACUCCGAACUUACUGAAGAAGCAGCUGAAAGACGGAACCCAGACGGACGGUUGACAUUCUGCGCUGGAAACAUCUGUAAUCAUUACUUCUCCUCCGAAUUCCUUACAAAAAUCUGCAAUUUCGAAUCUAAACUCAAACUCCACAUUGCUAAGAAGAAAAUACCAUACGUAGAUGAGAACGGAGUCCGUCAGAAACCAUCAGAACCGAAUGGUAUUAAGAUGGAAAAGUUCAUUUUCGACGUUUUCGAGUUCGCUGAGAACUUCAUUUGUCUAGAAGUAGCAAGGGAUGUAGAGUUCUCCGCUUUGAAGAAUGCUGACUCAGCGAAGAAGGAUUGCCCGUCCACCGCCAGGGAAGAUCUUCUACGGCUUCAUAGGAAAUAUAUAAGAGAGGCUGGUGGCAUAAUUGCUGAUAAUAUUGAUGUUGAGAUCUCUCCAUUGUUAUCUUAUGGUGGAGAGAACAUUGAGGAGUUGGUGAAGGAUGAGGUCUUCACCAUAUCCCCCUUCCAUUUAAAGAGCAUGCAUGAAGCUGCCACCAAUGGGCUUAAUGGUAACCAUUAGCGUUUUUAUAAAUUACUAUCGGUCAAAAUUCAAGUUAGUAUAUGAAAUACAUGAAAUUAUGAAUGAAUUGAUUGUAUUGAAAUUUCAGAAUUGUGGAAGCAAUAACAUUUUGUUUUUUAAGAAUUAUUGGAAGCAAUAGCUUUUUAUUUACGAAUCAAUUUAAAAAA